AUGGAAAUGAAGAAGGAGGUUAAAGAGGAAGUUGAUAAGAAGCAAUCUUCAAUUUCAACAGAAAGAAAUAUUAUAGAAAACAAACUUAAAAGUUGGACAGUUAGAGAGUUACCUUUGUUUAACUUCAAUUGCAGCAGCUGUGGUGAAAAGCUUCCAACUUUUGCUAGUUAUAAAUGCCAUUUACAAUUGCACACAGACGAGACUGAGAGAAAAAAGUCAUUUCAAUGUGAUAUUUGCAAGGAAACAUUUAAUGACCUGUUGAGUUUAACAUUGUCACCAUCUACCGGUGUUGGAUUAAUCUGUUGUGUUUGUAAGAAUGGACUGUCAUCAGAAAAUCAUGUAGUUAAUGAAGUACACAGUGAAGUAUUGCAGCCUACAGAGUUAAACUGUGUUCAGGAGCAUUCAGCAGAGAAGCUGAUUGAGUGUGAUACUCUUAAAAGAUUUUGUUUUGAAAAAGACUACAAUCUGCACAAAUCAAAUCAUGCUGGAGAGUUUACUCGCAAAUCUAGUUUAAAACGGCAUAAGAAACUGCAUACAGUUUCAAAACCUUUUCAAUGUGACUUGUGUCCAAAAAAAUUCUCUGAAAACCUUGCACUAACCCAGCAUAAAGAACGGCAUACAGGUUUUCCUUUGAAAUUAAUGUCAGACCAGCAUAAAGGUGAAAAGCCUUUUAAAUGUGAAAAGUGCACCAGGAGUUAUUUUCAUAAAGGUGAUUUAAGAAAGCAUGAAAAAAAAAAUCAUUCUGAAAAUAAUUCAUAUGAGUGUGAUGCGUGUCCUGAGAAAUUUGCUGCACGGUAUUUGUUACAACAGCAUAAAUUAAAGCAUGCUAAUGUAAAGCCUUUUAAGUGUGAAAAGUGCACUAAAAGUUAUUUUCGCAAAUUCGAUUUAAAAAGGCAUCUAAAUAAAGUACAUUCUGGUAAUAUACCUUCACAGGGUAAUGUAUGCCUGGAAACAUUGGAUACCAAAAAUAUUCAUUCUGGAAAUGUUCAGUUUAAAUGCGAUGUCUGUAAUAAAAGUUUUAAGGAUAAAUCUCAUUUAGCACGGCAUCAGGUAGCUCACCUAAAUGAAAAGAUAUUUUCAUGUGACCUGUGUAACAAAACUUUUCGUCAUAAGAAAAGUUUAAUUAGACAUCAGCUGCUCACUAAGGAGAUUACUUAUGGUUGUCCGUCAUGCUCAAAAAUAUUUUUGAGUGAAAAAGAUCUCACUGAACAUCAACAAAAGUAUUCAGCUUUUGAGUGUGCUGUGUGUAAAAGGCAUUUUAAAUGUAAAAUUUUAUUAACCAAGCAUGAAAAGUUUCAUUAA